AAAAAAAAAAAAAAGAAAAAAGACGAGAAUCCUUCCGUACGAAAAAAAGAAAGAAAUGCUUCAUUGGAUUUCCAGGCCAAUUCCCAGAUGAGUGGUCGAGUCCAAUGCUUAUCAACGGUUCCUCUUCGCUUCAAUUCCAUCUCCAACCUUCGUUCUUCUCCAUCUCUCAAUUCUAGGCUUUGGUUUUGCGGAAGCCGUAACGCGAUUGGAAUGGAGGAAAAGGGGUUCUUAAAGGAUUCUGAGGCAGUUGUGGCCGACUCCGAUCUGCUGAAGAAGAAACUCGAUGCUAUGCGCGGUUCCGGCCCGCAUAAGCUCCAGGUUAUUGCUGAUUUUGAUGCUACGCUAACGAGGUACUGGAUUGAUGGCCGCCGAGGGCAAACCAGUCAUGGUCUUCUAAAGCAGGGGAAUCCCGAAUAUGAUGCUAAGCGGGAUGAUCUUUAUAAAUAUUACCAUCCCAUUGAAUACUCUCCUACAAUUUCGGUAGAAGAGAAAACAAAGCUCAUGGAAGACUGGUGGGGCAAAACCCAUUCACUUCUUAUUGAAGGAGGUCUUACAUUCGAUGCGAUAAAGCAAUCAGUUUCUGCUGCCACCAUUGCUUUUAGGGAGGGAGUAGUUGAGCUGUUUGAGCUUCUAGAGGAAAAGGAUGUUCCUGUUCUUAUAUUUUCAGCUGGGCUUGCAGACAUUAUAGAGGAGGUCUUGAGACAGAAGCUUCAUAGAUCUUUUAAAAAUAUUAGGAUCGUUUCAAAUAGAAUGGUGUUUGAUGAUAAUGGUUGCCUUGUAUCUUUUAAGGGGAAGACAAUACAUAGUCUAAAUAAAAAUGAGCAUGCUCUUGAUAUGGCUGCUCCUCUUCAUGACCAAUUGGGCGAUGUAGAUGGAGCAAUUGAUGAUACUGCCUCAGUAAGAAAGCGGAAAAAUGUACUUCUUCUUGGUGACCACAUCGGGGAUUUGGGGAUGUCAGAUGGUUUGAACUAUGACACUCGGAUAUCUGUGGGAUUUCUGAAUGAUAACAUCGAGAAAUCUCUUGAGAGCUAUCGCAAUGCCUUUGAUAUUGUUUACCUGAAUGAUGCAUCCAUGAUGGGAGUGGUUAAACUCGUACAGCAACUCUUUUCAGCUGAAGGUGUCUGAGAGACUGACCCUUUUUAUAUUUUCAAUGAAGCCGUUGAUGAAGGGGCGUUGAUGAACUCAAGCCUUUCUUCUUCACAUCUUCCUGCAAUUCCCUGAUCGGAAUUGCAGCAAGAAAGC